UCAAAAUCCGGCCCAGCCUGACACAUAUUUAUUUUUAUAUAAGACGAAUUUUGUUUUCAUUUCACUGAAGUAAACAUAUCCUACUCUGGUCGAUUUGUAAGUGGGCAGUAUUCGUGUUUAGCUCAGGUACACGCACAGAGCUUCGUAGCAAAUGUGGUGUUUUCAUCUGAUUUACUUUUCUGCUGGUAAUAGUAGCUUAAUUACUACCUAAUCUAUCGAGUGAAUUCGAUUUGUCGAGGAACCAAAAAAACGAACAACCGUGAUUAGUUGUUUUUCGUUCUUUUGCGUGAUUGGAGAUAAGCUAAACUGAUAAAUUUGUAAUCUAUCAUUGACGGGGGGUUCGAAUGGAGUGCGUGACCCGAAGAGAAUCUCAGUGCAAAUCGAUUUUGGGUCGCUGAUAGUGGUACGGACGAAGAGGCGUAUACUAUUUGCAUCAUAACACAUCGGAGAUUGUUCGCUUCAUUUACUGCCGUCUCGUCGCCGUUGGAGUCAUCGUCGAGCAAUUAAACUAUACUUGGCCACAAAAAUGCAGGUGCUAAGCAAACUCACUUCUGUUCCGGUGACCUGUAAGGAGUACGUUCACCCGUGGACCGACUCAUGCAGCAUAGCUUCCGCAGAGUUCAUGAUCGUUGCCGUUCAGGAUAGCUUACGAAUCUACACUGCAGUAUACAUGCUCUCUUUGGCAAUGCACGGCCGAUUGCCCACCAUCGAGGAGUUGAAGCGUACCGUCCGUGGUCUGCUGCAGUCGACUGCCUUCCUCACGAUGUCCGCCUUUAGUUAUUCAGUUUUCUUGUGCGCUGUUCGUCGUCUGGUCGGUUCGUACAAUUUCUACACGGCGUCGUACAUUCCGGCCUUUAUGGCUGCGUUCUGUGCGAUUCUGGUGGAGCGCCCAUCCCGACGAGGUUUGCUAUGUCUGUACGUGGCUAACGUGGCAACCGAGACCGGUUGGAACAUACUGAAGUCACGAGGCUUGGUACGAUCUAUUCCGUAUGGAGAGAUUUUGAUCUUUGGACUAUCGACGUCUGUCCUUCUUUACUAUUACCGGUUGAAUCGACAGAAGGACUACAAUGAUUCGAUGUUCGAUGUGUUCAGAUUUGCGCUUGGGGACAGUGAAAUUAUGAAAAGCGAGGAAGUGACUGAAGUCAGACGUGAAAGCCGAACCAAAGAACGACCAAGGGCCGGUGUUUUGUCGUAUAGUUUUAUCCAGUCCGUGCUGAAAGUGUACUCAAAUGUGAUAUCGAGAAUCAAGACACUCGACAAGCAUGCACUUUGUAGGCACAAACACAGUUGCAUUUACAGUAUGCUCUCUGGAGGUGCGCGUAUGUUUUCAAUCGGUCUGGGAAUUCAGGUGAUAAUGAAGGUGCUAUUCCAAGCGCGGCGGAUCAUUCGACGACCGGAGCUAUUCAGACGUACGUUUCUGAGGAAAGACAUUUUCAAACUAGGCAUGUUCUUGGGUGGAUUUACGUCUCUUUACAAGCUAUCUUCCUGCCUGUUACGACACACAACCAACAGCGAUAAAGCAGUGUAUGCAAUUCCUAGUGGAUUGAUUGCCAGUGUAGCAUUUGGGUAUUACGCUGACACUACAAUCGCUCUGUAUAUUAUGUGGAAAAUGCUACAGAUGACCUACAACUGGGGCAUCGAGAAAGGUUACGUACCAAAGGUGCCAGGUUUCACAGUGCUGUUGUACUGCGCCAGUACUGCACUGCUCUUCCAUGCGGCUACGAUGGAACCUAUGCAACUGCGACCAAGCUAUUGGAAGUUCCUUUACUCCAUUUCCGGUGGAAGAAUAAUGGUCAUGGAUCGAAGUGGAUUCGAUGUGUAUGGCAUUGGAACCAGCAGACAGAUCCGUGAAGCGAGCAAACUAUGCAAUACUCCGUCAGUGCUAAAGUUUCGAAUUUAGAUAACAUAAACGGUUACUUUGAACGAACAGGUUGAAUUAUGAACCGUUGGUCAUAGGUCAACGCGGCAGACGAUUGUGUCCUGAGGCACCUACCCUACCAUCGAAUAACUUAUGGGUGAAGAUAGGUAGUUUAAAUGCACAAAAUAGUAUCGGGGCGCUUCCGAACGUGACAUAUUUAUGAAAGUUGUUAGUUUGACAUUGAGAAAAUAUGCUGAAAGCAAAAAACAAUGUCUGGAUUUGCAGGGCGCUUUCUAGCAUGUAUGUUAGUCGCUGUAUAGAUUUCUACACUUUAGUAUUUUUAUUUGCAAAUAAAUUACUGGUAAUGGA